GACAGAGAAGAGAGGAGGAGGGAGGCAGAUGGGGAAUAGAGAAACAAGGGAGAAAGAAACAGCAAGUGACAGAAAGAGAUAGAGACACAUGCACAGAGAGGCAGGGAAACAGAGGCAGACAGGGCCAGCUAGAGGGAAAGAGUCCGAGCAGUGAGAGACAAACAAAAGGAAAGAGAACAAGAGGUGAGAGAGACUGAGAAAGGGUGAGCAAAGAGCGUGAGCAUUGUGGGUCAAGCCGAAGUACAGAGCGCCAGGUGGGGCUGGGGGCUGGGCUCUUGUGUCUGCGCUGAUCCCAUUUUCUUCCUCCGGAGCCCCCGUGGUCCCCCACCAUGGAGGAGGGCAGGCCCAGGAGCAGCCUCAGUUUGGCCAGCAGUGUCUCUACCGUCUCCUCCAUCAGCUCAGCAUCACCAAGCCCCCCCCGGGUAGUGAGCCGAGUCCGAUGCUUGGGAAAAAGGGGGAGCUCCCUCCGCAGGGGACCCAUUCCGAACCUGCCUGUGCACAUCCGAGGCUGGAUGCAUAAGCAGGACAGCGGUGGCCUCCGGCUCUGGAAGCGGCGCUGGUUUGUCCUGUCUGGCCACUGCCUCUUCUAUUACAAGGGUCAACAGCCGGAGGAGAGCGUCCUGGGCAGUGUGCCUCUCCCCAGCUACAGUGUGCCGUCCAGAUGGCCCCGGGGCCCCCGUGGGCGCCGCUACACUUUCACUGCAGAGCACCCUGGGAUGAGGGCGUAUGUCUUGGCUGCAGAUACCAUGGAGGACCUUCGAGGAUGGCUUCGGGCUCUGGGCCGGGCCACGAGAGCUGAAGGGGAUGACUAUGGCCCCCAGACUGCACCUACUGGACCCCCAACUGGAGAAGGCCCUGGAGGUCCUGGGGGACCUCCUGAGGUGGGGAGUGGUGAUGAAGGCCGCAGUGCUGAGUCCCUGGAGGUGGCCAGGAUCUCUGGUGGGCACAGGGAACUCACCCCCAGCCCUCCCCCUGGGCUUACAGAGCCACCCCAGAGGAGCAGACAGAGGUCAAGGAGUCCAGAGCUGUUUUCUCCCCUCUCCCGCCCCCCAUCACCCCUGGGCCUUCCGAGGCCACGUUCAGCCCCUGCACACCGCCCCUCUGCUCUGAUGGGGGGAGAUAGCCGGCCCCACACCCCACUGAGUCGGAUAGAUGUCCGGCCCUUACCCGAGUGGGCCCCAGCCUUGAGAACCCUGUCCCGUCCCUCCACUCCCCGACGGGUACCACCAUCAGAGACAGGGGCACUGAGACCCCCCAGGAGUCCCCAGCACUGGUCCACUGAACCCAAGGCCAAGGCAGCGUCUGGAUAUCCGCAGCUGUCCCCCAGACCCGCGGGAAAUCGGGGCUCCGUGGCCUCUUUGCAGGCCUCGCACCCGCCGACGUCCGCCCCUACGAUGGAUUCUCCGCUGCACCGCAGCGCAGACACCGACGCGCUCCUGACCAAACUUUGCGGGCAGGACCGGCUCUUGAGGAGGCUAACAGAGGAAAUGGCAAAGAACCAAGAGGAGAAGGAGCGGCUGGAAGCGGCCCUGGAGCUGACGCGCCGGGCUGUGGGGGAGCCUGGGCCCGGAGGCAGGGCCUGGGCUCGCCUACGGCUUCUGCAGGACCGGCUGGUGGGCGUCCGAGCGGCCCUCUGCCACCUGGCCCAGGAAAGGGAACGGGUUUGGGACACCUACAGCGGCCUAGAACAGGAGCUGGGGACUCUGCGGGAGACCCUGGAAGAUCUGCUGCACCUUGGGCCUCCUCAGGCUAGGGUCUCUGCCCAGCAGCAGCUGUGGAUGGUGGAGGACACAUUGGCCGGACUGGGGGAUCCGCGUUGGGGGCGUCCCCACGGAGAUGGAGAUGGGCCCUGCGCCCCAGCAGGUCCAGGAUCACCCAGUUCUCCCCGGGCCCAGAGCCCAGACGGCCAGUGCUCUUCAUCCCCUGCCCCAUCUCCAUCCCCACCGCCAUCCAUUGGGCCCAAGGCUCUGGCCUCCCGGGUCCGAAUGAGUGCCCAGGAGCAGCUGGAGAGGAUGCGUAGGCACCAGGAGGCCGGGAGGCUAAGGCUCCGGCCUCUGUCUCCUUCGGGGCAGACAAUGCAUCCUUCAGCAGUUCGAAGGCAGCUGGAACCUGGGUCAGAGAGAGAUGCGCCUCUCCUGGAUGCCAUGGGUCAUACAGGGACCUCUCAGCAGUGGGUCCGGAGCUCUGGGUCCUGGAGUAGCUCUCGGAGUCCCCGGCCCUACAUUUCGUCCCCUGAAGGACAUCGGGAGAGGGUCCUUAGCCUGUCCCAGGCUCUGGCGACUGAAGCUUCGCAAUGGCAUAAGUUUAUCACAGAUCGAAGCCUUGAAGCCCCUCCGGACUCCGCUUCCAGGUUGACUCCGCCCCCUCGCUCACCUCCGGUAGGGUCUCCGCCUCCCAUGGGGCGGGGCCGAGGAGGCCCGGCCACCUGGGCCCCGACGUGGGGAGGGGCGGCUCCGCCAGAUGAGGGGGCGUGGCCUCUGCGUGUCACGCUGCUCCAGUCCAGUUUCUGACACGCCAGCAUAGCUGCAUCCAAUUGGGGGUAGAGGGGCAGGGCCAGGAGGUGCUUGAGGUGCCUCAGGCGACCGUCCAUCCCUCCAUCUCUCCAUCCCUCCCUUCUUUGCAAGUCUUGAUUAAACUU